AUGGUCCGCUCCAAGUUCAAGGACGAGCACCCCUUCGACAAGCGCAAGGCUGAGGCCGAGCGUAUCCGCCAGAAGUACUCGGACCGCAUUCCGGUCAUCUGCGAGAAGGUCGAGAAGAGCGAUAUCCCCACCAUCGACAAGAAGAAGUACCUUGUGCCAGCAGACCUCACCGUCGGCCAGUUCGUCUACGUGAUCCGCAAGCGGAUCAAGCUCUCUCCUGAGAAGGCCAUCUUCAUCUUCGUCGACGACAUCCUCCCGCCCACUGCUGCGCUCAUGAGCGCCAUCUACGAGGAGCACAAGGACGAGGACGGGUUCCUGUACAUCAUGUACGCAUCAGAGAACACGUUCGGAGAGCUCGGUUUCGAGGAGCUGUCGGAGUAA